AUGUUGCAACUAUCUUUUAUUAAGAAAUGUGUUGCUGUAAAUCAUCGUUUAAGCAUCACUAUUCCUGGAAGAAAGAUUCCAAGCUGGAUCAAACAAGAAAAGGAUGGCUGCAGAAUAGCUUUGAAGUUACCUCACAAAUGGCAUACCAGGAUGAUGGGUUUCGUGGUCUGUGGUGUGUGUCAUGGAAGCUGGCUGUCACAUUAUGCUUCUCCUCGCAUCACCUUCAGCAUUGUAACUGACGGAAAGGUAAUUCCUAAGUCAGAGGUCCAUUAUUAUGCAACUCAAUCUGCCGAGAAUGAGAAUGUGUGGAUUAGCUAUAUGCCGUUGGGUUUCUUUCAGCAGAUGUAUCAUGAUCUUCAACCUCAAGAUUGGUCUCAUAUUCAUGGUUAUCUUGACAUUACAAUAAUGAGGAUCAAGGAUAUGAUGAAGUUAUCUCUGCCAACACUUACGUGUAUGAAGAAAAGUCUGAUCAGAAGAGUUUGA